AUAUUGCGGUUCUAUCUUACCGUUGAAGCAACUGGAAGGCCGGGUCGGUUGAUGUAUAGAAUACGUGGCGGAAAAACGGAACGCGUUUGGACCAAAAGGCCACGUGGAACCUCUGCGUCAACUAAAUGUGUAACAUCUCGAGGGUUGGGUUAUUUGGUGCUUGCGCAAUCUAUCCACGGGCUUAUUGUCAAAAAUGGAUUAGAUUCUGAUUCAAUUGUGGGUACUGCGAUGCUGGAUGCAUAUGCAAAAUCCGGAAAUAUACUUGAUUCUAUUAAAUUAUUUGAGCAGAUUAGCAACCCGAGUCCGGUCUCGUGCAAUGCCAUGCUUGCUGGAUUUAAUUACAAUCAGCAAUUUGAAGAAACGAUUGCAUUGUUUAAUCAGUUCCAGAAGUAUGGUUUAGUACCCAACUUCGUGACAGUAUUGACUCUUAUCGAGGGUUGUAUUGCUCUGGGGUCAAGGGGACUGUGUGAAUCAACACAUGGGUUUGUUGUUAAAUCUGGUCUUGUUUUGAGCACACAUGUUAGUAAUUCUCUUCUUGGCAUGUAUUCAACUUUGAUAGAUUUGGAUUCUGCUACUAAAAUGUUCAAUGAGAUGGAGAGUAGAGAUGCCAUCAGUUGGACAACGAUGAUCGGUUUGCUGGUGCACAUGGAAAAUGCCUUCGAUGCUCUCAGGCUUUUCUCCAGGAUGAGAUACAACGGGGUAGAGUAUGAUGCAGUAGUUUUUAUGAAUGUAAUUUUGGCCUGCACAGUGUUGGGUGAUUUAAACAGAGGAAAACAGGUCCAUGCUCAAGUUGUUGUCCGUGGAUUUGGAUUAGAAAUCCCUCUUGCAAACUCCAUGAUUGCCAUGUACUCCAAGUGUGGUGAAUUAAAUUCUUCAGAAACCGUGUUCAACCACACAGAGGCGAAGAAUCCGGUAUCAUGGACAACUAUGAUUUCUGUAUAUGUGAAGAAUGAACAGCCUAGACAGGCACUGGAUCUUCUGAUCAGGAUAAGAGCAGAAGAAACUUUUGGCUCAGAUUCAGUGAUGGUAGCGUGUGCUCUAACAGUCUGCGGCAAACUUGCUGCCCUGGAGCUCUGCCAGCAGCUCCAUUGCUAUACUUUUCAAGCAGGAUUUUCCCAAUAUGGCUCUGUCCAGAAUAGUCUCGUAUCGGCCUAUUCUAAGUGCGGGAAUGUGGAAUCGGCACACAACGUGUUCAAGGAGAUGAACCAUCUUCGAGAUACAGUCUCCUGGAAUGCACUUAUAACUGGGUGUGGGAUCAAUGGUCACGGGAAAACUGCCGUUGCCCUUUUCCAUGACAUGAAGAAGAACGGGGCACAGCCCGAUUCUGCAACUUACCUGUGUGUUUUGAGUGCUUGCAGUCAUUCAGGAUUUGUUGAUGAUGGUUUGAUUAUUUUCAAUCAGAUGGUCGAAGACAACGAAAUAGUACCUAGCCACGAGCAUUAUGGGUGCGUUAUUGACCUCCUUGCACGAGCAGACAAGUUAUCAGAAGCCAGCAAUUUUAUGGGCCAAUCUUGGAAAGUUAUGGGUCUGAAUGGUUGGAGGGCUUUGCUUAGUGGAUGUAUGCUUCAUGGCAACAUAGAGCUGGCAGAAAUUGUUGCAAGAAUGAUACUUGAGCAGGAUCCAGAAGAGCCUGACCUUGUCGUGCUACUUUCAAACAUUUAUGCAUCAGCAGGGAGGUUUCAGGAUGCUGAAGCGGUAAGGUUGAACAUGGAGAAGAAAGGAUUGACUAAGAAUUCAGGGUUCAGCCUUAUCUCCGGGCCUCCUUGUAUCAUUGGUUGAAGGUUUUCAGUUGAAUUAGUUCAAUAACAGUAUAUUACGUCCUUAAUUCAUUAUUAUAUAUGGAUCGACUACAUGAAUUAAGAAAUCAUGUGGACUGGGUUGGAUAUUUUUAUGUGGCCUAAAAUUAAUAUAAUAGUGUAUUCUCUGGUUGGUCAUGUUGACUAGGUAUUGAAUCAAGUGAGGGAAUUUAAUGGGACAGGCUCCCAUUACGUGGCCAAGAAAUCAACAGAAGGUGCAUUGUUCUGAAGCUAUUAGUAGUGGCUGGAUCCUAAGUCUACAGUCGAGAGUGUUCCCGAUAAAGAGGACCAGUUUUAAAUGCUUACUACAUCAAACAGGAAACUAGCAAAAGAAAAAAAAAAAAUGUAAUAGGGCUACUCUGAGACUGGACCUUUCUUUCUAUUAUAUCAUCUCCUCAGAGAUUUUGUCGGCUAGUAAGUUUGGCUUUUUCUCGCAGCAUUAUUGGCAAAUUCAUCAUCACUUAA